UUCAGGACGAGAAACACAACUGGCAGGCAAGCCGCAGAUUCGCUCCAACAGGGAUCGAAAAGAACCAGAUAUCGCAUCGAAAUCGGGCUGGGAAUCAAACCGACGGCUCAACAGGCACUAAGAGGAGCUACAUCAUGAUUCUUGCUGUGAUGAGGACAGUGGUCUGCCUCUGCAUGUGGCUGUCUGUGCAUCGGGUCAGCGGAACAUACGUCCCUCAGGAGAUGAACAGAACCCUGCAAAACCUCCGGCAGCACUAUAAAAUCUCGAAUCAGGACUUAUUCGACGGACAGCACGUGUUUCCCAGAGAACCACUGAGAGGCAAAAUGGAGUCAAAUAUGUUGUUCAUGGGUGGUGUUUUGGAGGCAUACGAGAAGCUGUUUGGACACAUGCUGAGGCAGCUACCCACUCCAAGUCCCCAGUUAGCCAUCAGCAAAGACAAAGCUGGCACCAGCACCGCUGGGCCAUCAGCUUCUGGAGACGUCAGGUCCAAUCUGAUGAAGGUUUUACAGAAGAUCAAAGAGUUGAAAAGGCAUCGUUAUCAGGAGCAGGUGAAGCUUCUGCAGGGACUGCAGAACCUUAAGCACAUUGAGAUGGACAACCUUAAGAUCCAGAGCAAAGCCCUGUGGGAGCUGCCAUGGAUUUACGAGGAAGCAAGCUCGUUGGCGGACAACGUCAUGAGGAGGAAGAGGAGGCGGCGGCAGACGAGGACCAAGACUCGCCCGGGAGUCUGAAAGAUGAGGAAAAGGGCAACAACAAUAACAGCUAUGCAACAAAACCUCAGCAAAUAACAAAAAGAACAAAUUUUUUAAACUGGAAUUAAUGUGCCUAUUUAAGAUUUAGUAAUUAGGGGAUUCUUUUAUACAUAUAUAUAUUUAUUGACUGAACAAUCACCUACCAGUCUAAGCUUUAUAAAUCUACAGUUGAAAUGUUUUUAAAGGUCACUUAAUGUUUUUUACUUGAAACAGGAAAGUUAUCCUGCAAAGUUCAGGAUAAAUAAUAUUACCUGGAAAUACUUGAUUUAUUCAUUUUUAUUCACUUAAAAUACUGAGAAGAUCAGCUACAUGUAAAACAUAACCCUGGAUGGACGAUGUUUCUUUUAGUACUAGUAAAUACAAUUAUUGCUCUUACAAGUGAAUGUUUUUCAUUUUAAACUCAGAUUGGACAUUGAUGGAGAGGUGGGUGGGGCCAGAUGGGGAGCAGUCCUCUGAUUGGUUAGAAAAGUGACACUUUAGAUAUGAAUGAGUCCAAACCCAGUUUAUUUAUCAGGAGGUUUUUUUCUUUCUUUCUUGAGAACAAAUUAAUUUUGUUUUAACAGAAAUCUGCUUUCACUGAAGUGCCUUGGAGAGCUGAUGAUGAUGUUCGAAGUACAAAGUACGCCAAUAUUUAAUAGUACGUACUGUAGAGUAAUUUUACUACCCUGAACCUUAAAGUCUCGCACUGAGGUAGAACUGACAUCAUUUCAUCAUUUUGCUGACAUGUUCUAGAUUUUUAUAUUUAUUUUGUAUUUAAGAGUUUUAUUUAAAAGUGAAUCACGCUGUUAUGAUUAUUUAUUGUGUAUUUAUUGAUUGGAACAAGCAGACUGAUUAGUGUGAAAUAAACAGAAUGUAAUUCA